AUGUCCGACGCAAAGGAACUCACCCUCCAGGAGGUCAGCGCCCACAACACCAAGAAGGACCUUUACAUGGUCAUCCACGACAAGGUCUACGACGUCUCCUCUUUCGUCGAUGAGCACCCCGGUGGUGAGGAAGUCCUUCUCGAUGUGGCCGGCCAGGACGGUACCGAGGCCUUCGAGGAUGUCGGUCACAGUGACGAGGCUCGCGAGAUCCUGGAUGGUCUCCUCGUCGGCAACGUCAAGCGCAUGCCCGGCGACCCUGCCCCCCGCGAGAAAGCCCAGUCAUCCUCCGGUCCCUCCAGCUCCAGCGAUGGCGGUCUCGGUGUCGGUCUCUACGCCUUCCUCUUGGUCGGUGGUCUGAUCGCCUAUGGUGCCUACCAGUACCUCCAGACUGCCUCCGCCGCUGAGACGCAGUAA